AUGCGUUCUGUUCAAGAGAAGCCCACACCAACGACCAGGGAGGUCGACCCUGCACGUGUCGACUCCGGGGAGGGAAUGCUCGCUCUGCCAGAUGUCGAAAGAGUUCGUGCAGACGUCACUAGAAGAGCGUCGGUUGUCGAUGACGCAUUCGGUAAUGAAGAGGGUGCUCAAGUCAGGUAUAAGACCUGUAAUUGGGUUCAAACAGCGCUCCUUAUGAUUGCUGAGACCAUCUCACUCGGUGUGCUCGCUCUUCCUCAGGCUGUUGCCCAUCUUGGACUCGUCCCUGGCCUUCUCUUAAUUGCCUUUCUCGGCAUCGUCGCGACAUACACCGGCUUCGUCAUCGGUCAGUUCAAAGAAGCAUUUCCGGGAGUGUGUAGUUUUCCCGAUGUCGGCUUCCUCAUCGCAGGUCGGUUCGGACGCGAAUUCAUGGCCGUGUCCAGCAUCCUCAUCCUCGUCUUCAUCAUGGGCGCUCACAUCGUCUCAUUUAACCUCAUGAUGAACUGGCUCACAAACCACGCCACCUGCACAAUCGUAUGGGCCGUCAUCGGCACUCUGGUGUCCUUCAUAAUCGGCAUGCCCCGCAAGAUGUCAGGCCUCUCCUGGACUUCCGCAGCCUCAUGCAUCUCGAUCUUAAUUGCCGUCCUCAUCACCCUUGUCGCCCUCGCCGUCCGCGCUCCCUCGCCCGGCAACGUCUCCGCCGUUGUGAGCACCUUGCCCCUGCACUCGUCCAUUGUUGCCGUUAUGACCAUGAUCCUCGCAUACGCCGGUCACGUUGCCUUCUUCAGCUUCCUCGGCGAAAUGUCACAGCCGCGUGACUUCAAGAAAGCCCUUGCCUUCAUGACGACAACGACCUGCACCUUCUACAUGGUUAUCGCAGCAGUCAUCUACUACUACGCCGGCUCCACCGUGACGUCCCCCGCACUCGACGGCAUCGGCAACCCAACCAUUACAAAAGUCGCUUACGGCAUCGCAGCACCCACAAUCGUAGUGGCAGGCGUCGUCAACGGCGCCGUAGCCGCAAAGUACAUCUACACCCGCUACUGGGCCGGCACACGCGUGAUCCACGAACGCUCUUUCAAGUCCCUCGCAUCAUGGUACUUCAUCAACGCAAUUCUCUGGCUCGUCGCCUUCAUCAUCGCCGAAGCCAUCCCAAACUUCCACGUCUUGCUCUCCCUAAUCGGCAGUCUGUUUUGCUCGUGGUUCAGUUACGGUCUGCCGGGUGGGCUGUGGCUGUACAUGAACAAGGGUCGGUGGACGAGCAGUAAACGCAAGAUUGCGCUUGCCGUGGUGAAUGCGGGGAUCUUGUGUCUGGGUGCGACGAUUUGUGUGUUGGGCACGUGGGCGGGUGCGAAGGCGUUGGCGAAUGGAGAGGGUGGGAGGUCGUUUAGUUGCGGUGAUAAUAGGUCUCAUUGAUGGGAGAAUGCAGUCGAGGAUAUUUGGUUGGUGUUGUAUAAGUAUUUGGCAGUUUGGAUUCUCUAUAUCUGUGAUUUUGGACAAAAGCAGCAGCGGUAUAAUCAUUAGCAUUCCGUGCUCUUCUUAACAGGCAGGGCAUGUCGUGUUCUGGAUAUACUGUAGUUUUUUGUAUCCCAGACGUGUCUCUCUCAUGCGUUGUAGGUGAGGAGGUUGAUGCUGUGUACGUGACGUGUGCACCGAUGCGCAUUGCAGGGUAUGGGUAAGAUUAUACUAUGAGAACAACGCAUAAGCACAAGUCGUC